CAAACCUACCUUGACCCUUGUCCCAUCCCAUCUUUGGAAAUCCGGGGAAAAUCGUGGGGUAGUAGCGCGUGCGGUGUCUCGGUAGACUCGAGCCGAACUCCUCCAAGUCCCCCUCACAUACCCCGCUCCUGUCUCGGGAUUGGAACCACUGCAUUUCGUCCCAUCACGACUUGCACUUGCACUCACCUUUGCAUUCAGUUGCUUUCCCCUACCUUCAACUAAUACCGACCUCGACCUCUCCAACUCGAGCCAUAUUGUCAAGCACUGGCCGAGUUCUUCAACUUACCGUCAAUCAUCGGCAUCUCCAACCGAUCGACCUCGACAUCAUCAUCAUCAACACCAUCGGGACUUACCAAGUCACCAGUAACACCAACAACAAACCCGCCUCUAACCACCACUACCACCGCUACCAACAAAAUGUCCUCCCAACCUCCACCCCUCACCCAACCCACCACCUCUUCUUCUUCUUCAUCCGACAUGUACACCACCUCCUUCGCCUUCUUUGAAGCCCUCUUCGCCGCCGGCGUCUCCCAUGUCUUUGUCAACCUGGGCUCCGAUCACCCGUCCAUCAUCGAAGCCAUGGUCCGCGGCAAGGCCUCCCCCUCCACCUUUCCGCGCAUCAUCACCUGCCCCAACGAAAUGGUAGCCAUGUCCAUGGCGGACGGGUACGCCCGGUUAACGGGUCAACCGCAGGCAAUUAUCGUGCAUGUCGACGUUGGCACGCAGGGGCUGGGUGCUGCUGUUCACAAUUCCAGUGCGGGAAGGGCUCCCGUUUUGGUGUUUGCGGGCAUCAGUCCGAUUACGAUCGAGGGAGAGCUGAGAGGGUCAAGGACCGAGUAUAUCCAUUGGAUCCAAGAUGUCCCAGACCAAAAACAGAUCGUGGGGCAGUAUUGUCGGUAUGCGGCGGAACUGAAGACGGGAGUGAAUGUCAAGCAGAUGGUCAAUAGAGCGUUGCAGUUUGCCAAGAGUCAACCGCAGGGGCCGGUGUACUUGUGUGGAAGCAGAGAGGUGAUGGAGAUGGAGAUCCCCAAGUAUGAGCUGAACCAGGCACACUGGAAGCCGGUGGAGCUAGGGGGUUUGUCCAAGGGGGCAGUGCAGGAGAUGGCGGGUGCGUUGGCGGGAGCUAAGAAGCCGCUUGUGGUGACGGGGUAUGCGGGGAGGAACCAUGCUAUCCCGCCGGCACUGGUUGAACUCGCCAACACGGUCAAGGGAUUGAGGGUGUUGGAUACGGGUGGUAGUGAUAUGUGUUUCCCUGCUGAUCAUCCGGGCUGGUUGGGGUUGAGGUUUGGCAACGAUCAGUCUGUGGCGGAGGCGGAUGUCAUUCUCGUGCUGGACUGUGAUGUGCCAUGGAUCCCGACACAGAUGAAGCCCAGCAAAGACGCGAGAGUCUUCCAUGUAGAUGUGGACCCCUUGAAGCAGGUCAUGCCCGUGUUCUACCUGGAGGCGGAAGCGAGGUACAGGGCUGAUCCGUUGACGGCUGUGGAGCAGCUGACGGAGAAGCUAAAGACUGAUGAGGAGUUGAAGAAGCAGUUGCAGAGUGAAGAGCGCGAAAAGAGGUGGAAGGAGCUCCAGGCCCAACACAAGCAGAAGCUGGAAGAGAUUGCCGAAAGAGCAAAGCCCCUAGAGAACGGAGAGUAUGGCACUGGUCACCUGUGCAGGCGGUUGAGGGCUUUGUGCCCCGAGGAUACCAUCUGGGCUAUUGAGGCUGUUACCAACACUCUGUUUGUGCACGAUAACAUCCAGCCUACGCUGCCGGGGUCGUGGAUCAACUGCGGUGGUGGUGGUCUCGGUUGGUCUGGCGGUGGUGCCCUCGGUAUCAAGCUGGCUACGGAGGUGGAGGCCAAGGCCAAGGGAGGAAAGAGCAAGUUGGUCGUACAGAUUGUGGGCGACGGAACGUUCCUGUUCUCGGUACCGGGAAGUGUGUACUGGAUCUCCAAGAGAUACGACAUUCCCGUGUUGACCAUUGUUCUGAACAACAAGGGAUGGAACGCCCCUCGCCGGUCUCUGCUUCUGGUCCACCCCGACGGACUCGGGUCCAAGGCUUCCAAUGCAGACAUUAAUAUCGAGUUCAGCCCAUCGCCUGAUUAUGCGGGCAUCGCCAAGGCGGCUGCGGGUGGUGAUUUGUUUGCGGCCAGGGUCGACAACACGGCGGAUCUGGAUCGGGUGUUGAAGGAGGCCAUUGCCGCGGUGGAGGGGGGACAGAGUGCCGUGGUAGACUGCAAGGUGGCCAUGGGAUCUUAGUUUGUUUUAGGAUAAGCUUCCAAAUUGCAUCCACGUGUUCUUUUUGAAGCCGGGGAGUGCCGUUGAUGGUGGAUUGAAUCUGUCUUGCGAGAAGCAAUGCCGUCGUCCGUCUCUUGGCAACGGCAAUUCGCCGAAUCUCCCUGGAGUUUUGGUCUGAUGGCAUGUUUGGUGACAUAGUCUGGUGGUACCGGUGUUUAGCUCUAUGCCAUGUUAGCG